AUGAGUGCUCAGCAACAGCAGCAGCAGCAGGGCCAGCAGGUAGACGUCACCUCGUUGUCGCCUUCGGAGCUGCUGGAGGUCCGGCAACAGCUCAACCAGGAGCUCGAACAUCUGACGGCUUCCUACGGCCAGCUACGCUCCGUUCAAUCGCGCUUCAAGGCCUGUGUCGAAGCCCUCAAGUCCUUCACUCCAUCUCGCGCUUCGAAUCCCACCCUCAUCCCACUCACAGCCUCCCUCUACGUCCCUGGCAAGCUCAAGAACAUCGAGAAUGUCAUAGUCGAUGUGGGAACAGGAUACUAUGUCGAAAAGAGCACAGCAGAUGCGAGGAAGAUGUACGAGGAGAAGAUCAAGUACGUGGGGGAGAAUCUGGAGAAACUUCAGGGAACAAUAGAGAAGAAGCAGGAUAAUCUGAGGGUAGUGGGGGACGUAUUGCAGAUGAAAACCGCUCAGUCUUCGCAGGGCAGGAGGGCUCAGGAAGCUUAGCCUCCCGGGCCGAGGGGAAGUGCGAGACAGCCAACUAGUGCAGAGUCAAGGUCACAUACAUGUCACAGUACAAACUAUCCCUACAGUUCCAGAUAAUGGCGUGCGCAGAUUGCGUAGGCUCUCUUGGUGUUCGAGCGCUGUUGUCUUCUGAAGGACGAGAAAGGGCCUCGCAGAAGCUAGUGGACCACCGGGCGUUCAGCAUGAGAUACUGACCGACCAACACUUGACAUUCAAGCAAGCUGUGAUGUACCAGCGAUGUCCGGCAUUUGCGGUGCAGCAGCCAGCAGAGUCUCUGUUUCCUUUAGCCCGCACGAAGGCAUCACUGGGGGAGGCAAGAGAGGGCGUGCUUUCCAAGUGCUGCGCCAGCCACACUCAUGCUGCAGGCCACGUUGCUGAUAGAGCAUUAAGCUCAGGCGACAUUUCUGCGCUUGGAUGAAGCAAUUGCCGUCGUUCUCGUUGUCAUCCAUCCCGGCGGUUGCCAU